AUGUCAAGGAUGAAGAGUUGCCUGGUGGAGGAAGAUCAGAGAAGGGUAGUGUUCAGAGGCCUCUGGCCGGGAGUGUGCUUUGGGGCCUGGCAGCAGUUUGAAAGAGGAUCCCGGUACCGAGACCACCUGGCUGACUGCCGGACGGGGACCCUGAGGAAAUGCCUGGAACAGUGGGUGCGGAUGAAGCAGCUCCGGGAAUCAGAUGGGGCAAAGGUGACCCAGCUGUCCCUCUGCCGGCAGAAAGCAGGACGUGAGGCUCUCUACACCGCAGGCCCUGGAGCCUGUGGCCUGGGUACAGUGGGCCAGGCCCAGGGGCUGCAGGAACAAGGCCGGGGCUCCCUGCAGGAUGCCUGCCGGACACUGGCCCUCUGCCGGGCGCUGCUGCUGUGGAAGACGCGGCUUUUCCAGCGCCAGUGGGCCAAGGGGCUGCCAGAGACGCAGACAUGGAGCUCUACAGGGGUGGCCGGAACCCUAGUGAAUGCCCGUCUCCCUGCCAAGUGGCAGCAGUUCCUGCAUGAAAAGUGCCAGACAUGGGUGCAGGUCCACCUCCAGGGCCUGCAGAAGGCGGUGUUCCGGAGCUGGCAGCAGGCAGCAGCUCGUCAGAGACGCACAGUGACCCGGCCAGAGCAGCUACUACUGCAGAGCUACUUCCAGGCCUGGUGUGAAGUUGUAAGAGACACGGGGGUGCCCCGGGCCCAGCAUCAAGCCUUUCAGGAUGGCCUGAAGAGAAGGGCACUGGGGGCCGUGUUUGCCACAUGGUGGGAAGCCCAGGAAGCGGCAGCUGGGGCACAGGAGCAGCGUGUGGCCCAGGCCUCCCUUGCCUGCUGGAGAAGCUGCGGGCAGCAAGGCCAGGAAGAUGGGCAGCAGAAGAAGGCCCGGGCCCCGCAGGCCUUCCCAACAUGGCCAGUGGCCCCGGGCAUGCACCGUGGGGCCCAGCAGCAGGCAGGAGCGAGCGCUGGGGCCCAGGCAGCCCAGUGCUGGACUCGGUGCUGGGCUCUGUGGGUGCGUGAGUCCUGUCAGGGCCAGGUCAGCCGAGCCCAUGCUUCCUGGAAGCCGCGAGCCUGGGUCCUAGAGGCCUUGGCGCAGUCGGCGGCGCGCGGCGGUGUCCAGCGAGCCAUCGUCACCCAGCUCCGGCAGGGUGAGCUCAGGCGCUUCCUGCGGACGGCGCAGCUCAGGGUGCGGCUGGGACUGCGGGCCGAGGCCCCAGGGGCCAGCAAGACCUGCAGCUGCUGGACACAGGCCACAGAGCUGGUGCCCCCCUCGCCAUCACUGCAGUGCAGCCUGGGUGGACAGAGGAAGAAGCCAAGGGGAACGGCCUGGGCUCAGAGGUGCAGAGAACAUUCCCUCUGCCCUGCCUUCCAGCUCUGGCUGCAGUGGACUGGACAGAGUAGCUGGGUCCCAGGCCUGCCCCUGUGGACAAGGGACCAGGGACCAAGAGGGCACUCCGGCCCUGAGCCCAGAGCCCUCAAAGCCCAAAGCGAGGCCCAUAAAAGGAGGCCAGGUGCUCGUUCCUGCAGGAUCCUGGAAAAGCAGGCCCAGGCCCAGGCCCAUGGCUCUGCCCUCCUUCUGGCCCUGAAGGGUCACGAUGCUGGCCAUCAGGAGGAAGUACCUGCGGCACUGGUGCCUUGAGGCACUGCUUCACGGGCUGCGGGGUUCCCAGCGGGCCAGGUGCCUGGCAGCAGCAUGGCAGCACUGGGUGGAUGCCCAAGGGGCAGAGCAGCUGGCACGGACCCUGCUCAGGGAGUGGCACCUGAGAUCAGCCUGGCGGACAUGGUGGCAGCGGAUCCUGCGACUGCGAGCAGCUCAGCAGUUACAGCAGCAGGAAGAUGGGCCUUUAAGAAGUGGCACCAACGCCUGGCAGCCAGGAGCCCAAGGAGAGGCGCUGCCAGUAGCCUGAGACCCUGGAGCAAGCCAGGCCCCAAGGGCCCCGAGAAUGGACAGGAAGCCACCAGAGCCCCACGGGGUUGGGGGCUUGGGGCAGCGCACGGGCCCAGCUGCAGCUGUGACUUGUUCCCAUAGAAUAAAAACCAGAACUGAACUCAGCCUUCCCAGAGAAGGAACCAUGCCCCACACAUCCAGGGAGUGAUGACAGAGGGGAUAGCUCGAAGAGCUCUGAAGGACAA